AUGGGGCGGCCGUUCCCAAAGCUCUGGCUGCUCCUGGCGCUGCUGUUGCUGCCGCUUCCCGCGCUGCCACAGGCGCUGAGCCGGGUGCACUGUCCCGCGCCCUGCAGCUGCCCGCCCGAUGGCGCCCUGCGCUGUCCUGGCCCGCUGGCUGGCCUCACUCAACUAUCACUUGGCUACCUCCCUAUCAGCAUAAUUCCAUCUCAAGCUUUCAGAGGACUUAAUGAAGUCACAAAAAUUGAAAUUUCUCAGAGUGAUUCCCUGGAAAAGAUAGAAGCUAAUGCCUUUGACAACCUCCUCAAUUUGUCUGAAAUACUGAUCCAGAACACCAAAAACCUGGUACACAUCGAGCCUGGAGCGUUUACGAAUCUCCCCCGGUUAAAAUACUUGAGCAUCUGUAACACUGGCAUUCAGACACUUCCAGAUGUUACAAAGAUCUUCUCUUCUGAAUUUAAUUUCAUUCUGGAAAUUUGUGAUAAUGUACACAUAACCACCAUACCAGGAAAUGCUUUUCAAGGGAUGACUAACGAAUCCACAACACUCAAACUAUAUGAAAACGGAUUUGAAGAAAUACAAAGUCAUGCGUUCAAUGGGACAACGCUGAUUGCCCUGGACCUGAAGGGAAAUGCCCGCCUGAGGAAGAUGCACACUGGAGCCUUCCAGGGGGCCACGGGGCCUGCCAUCUUGGAUAUUUCUUCCACCAAACUGCAGACCCUACCUAGCUAUGGGCUGGAGUCCAUCCAGAAGCUAAUUGCCACAUCAUCCUAUUAUCUGAAAAAAUUGCCAUCCAGAGAAAAAUUUACCAAUCUCCAGGAUGCCAUAUUGACUUACCCCAGCCACUGCUGUGCUUUUAGAAACUUGCCAGCAAAAAAGCAGAAUUUUUUAUUUUCCAUUUUCGAAAACUUUUCCAAACAAUGUGAAAGCACAGCAUGGAAACGGAACAAUAAAACGCUUUAUUCUGCCAUCUUUGCUGAGAGUGAACCGAGAGGCUGGGAUUAUGACCAUGAUAUCUGCUCACCCAAGACAGUCCGAUGUUCUCCUGAACCAGAUGCUUUUAAUCCCUGUGAAGAUAUUAUGGGCUAUGACUUCCUUAGGGUCUUGAUUUGGCUGAUUAAUAUCCUAGCCAUCAUGGGAAACAUGACUGUCCUCUUUGUUCUCCUGACCAGUCGUUAUAAACUGACAGUGCCCCGUUUUCUCAUGUGCAAUCUCUCCUUUGCAGACUUCUGCAUGGGGCUCUAUCUGCUGCUCAUUGCCUCGGUUGAUUUCCAAACCAAAGGCCAGUAUUAUAACCAUGCCAUAGACUGGCAGACAGGACGUGGGUGUAGUGCUGCUGGCUUCUUCACUGUAUUUUCAAGUGAACUUUCUGUCUACACCCUCACGGUCAUCACACUAGAAAGAUGGCACACCAUCACCUACGCUGUUCAGCUGGACCACAAGCUACGAUUAAGACACGCCAUUCUGAUCAUGCUCGGAGGAUGGCUCUUUGCUACUCUAAUUGCUAUAUUGCCCCUGGUGGGUGUAAGCAAUUACAGGAAGGUUAGCAUUUGCCUCCCCAUGGAUGUGGAAACCACUCUCUCACAAGUCUACAUAUUAACCAUUCUGAUACUCAAUGUGGUGGCCUUCAUCAUCAUUUGUGCUUGCUAUAUUAAAAUUUAUUUUGCAGUUCAAAAUCCAGAGCUGAUGGCUACCAACAAAGAUACAAAGAUCGCUAAGAAAAUGGCAGUUCUCGUCUUCACUGAUUUCACCUGCAUGGCACCAAUCUCUUUUUUUGCCAUCUCAGCUGCCUUCAAAGUGCCCCUUAUCACAGUAACCAACUCUAAAGUUUUACUGGUUCUUUUUUAUCCUGUCAAUUCUUGCGCCAAUCCAUUUCUGUAUGCGAUUUUCACAAAGGCAUUCCGGAGGGAUUUCUUUCUGUUGCUGAGCAAAUUUGGCUGCUGUAGACAUCGGGCUGAACUUCAUAGAAAAAAGGAUUUCUUAGCUUAUACCUCCAACUGCAAAAAUGGCUUCACUGAAUCAAAUAAGCCUUCCCAGUCCACUUUGAAACUGACCACAUUGCACUGUCAAUAUACAGUUGAUGAAACUUGUUGUAAAGAGUGUUAA